GGAGGAGGAGGCAGGAGAAGAGGAGGAGGAAGAGGAGGAGGAGGAGGAAGAGGAGGAGGAGGAGGCGGCAGAGGAGGAGGAGGAGGAGGAGGAGGAGGAGGAGGAAGAGGAGGAGGAGGAGGAGGAAGAGGAGGAGGAGGAGGAGGAAGAGGAGGAGGAGGAGGAAGAGGAGGAGGAGGAGGAAGAGGAGGAGGAGGAGGCAGAGGAGGAGGAGGAGGAAGAGGAGGAGGAGGAGGCGGCAGAGGAGGAGGAGGAGGAGGAGGAGGAGGAGGAGGAGGAGGAGGAAGAGGAGGAGGAGGAGGCGGCAGAGGAGGAGGAGGAGGAAGAGGAGGAGGAGGAGGCGGCAGAGGAGGAGGAGGAGGAAGAGGAGGAGGAGGAGGCAGAGGAGGAGGAGGAGGAAGAGGAGGAGGAGGAGGCAGAGGUGGAGGAGGAGGCAGAGGAGGAGGAGGAGGCAGAGGAGGAGGAGGAGGAAGAGGAGGAGGAGGCAGA